AUGAAAGUUCGGGAUUUUGAUUUGCGACGAUUGCGUGCGGAAAAUUAUUUUGAGAUAACGCUCCAUCAAGCGAAGAUCAAUAAGCACGUGGUAAUACCGUUGAAUAUGUAUGUAAAGAUUAUAGAUAAUAAUUCAAACGAGCUGGUCAUCCAAAAUAAAGCUCCUGCGAUUUUAACUGACUGCAAUACCACGAAUAUAAGUCCUAAAGGAUUGAAAGCUUUGGAUGUUCCUCACGUGACUGGAGCGCAUGAUUGGAACUCGUACCUUCGGAAUAUUCUUUGGGCUCAAGUUUCAGACGGGAAUUUUUGGAUUGGUAGGGAAGAGCUUAGUUGUGAGAAGUUAUCUUAA